AUGGGACUAGAGCUCACAAAAAAGGAAUUGUUGACGCUCCUGAAAAAUCUACCAGUAACUGCAGAUGGAAAGAUCUAUCAAAAUAGGCUAAUGGAUGCUGUUAAGUCUCUUAGAGGAGGAAUGGUUGAUGUCAACAAGCUGGACACAGUUCUGGGAAAUAUGGGCAUGAACCUCACAGAAGAGGAACUUAAAGAUCUGACACAGAAUCUUCCAGAAAAUGUUGAUGGGAAAGUUGCUAUGGAACAGGUUAUGGAUGCAGUGAAAUCUUUCACAGGUGAAAAGGUUGAUUUGGAUAACUUGGAAAACGUACUGAAAAAUAUGGGGAUUCAACUCACUGAUCCUGAAUAUACAAAGCUGGUGAAAGCACUGCCCAUUAGCGAUGAUGGAAGGGUAUAUCAAAAUGGGAUAUUAGAGGCCAUGAAGUCUUUAAAAAGAGGAAAAGUUGGUAUCAACAACCUGAUACCUCUUCUGGAAAAAAUGGGUAUCAAGCUCACGGAAAAAGAACUUGCACAGCUGAGAAAAAAUCUACCUGCUGAUGCUGAUGGAAAAGCUGAUCUGAGUGAAGUAAUGGAUGGAGUGAAAGCUAUUACAGGAGAAAAGGCUGAUAUCAACAGUGUGAAAACUGUUCUGGAAAACCUGGGGAAAGAUCUCAAAGAUAAAGUAUUCUUGGACCUGAUAAAACGUCGUCCUUCUAAGGAAGAUGACAAGAUCUUUCAAAACAGGUUGCUAGAAGUUGUGAAGUCUCUAAAAGAUGGGAAAUUCAAUGCCAACGACUUGAGUGCUAUACUGGAUAAUAUGGGAAUCAAGAUAUCAGAUAAGGAACUUAAGGCUCUGACUAAAAAUUUCCCUGCUGAUGUUGAUAGGAAGAUUUCAAUAAAGAGACCAAUGAAUGAAAUGAAAGCUAACUUUACAGGUGAGAAGAUUGAUCCUAGUGACUUGAAAAAUUUCCUGGGAAGCCUGGGGAUUGAGCUCACAGAUGAGGAAAAAGAGAAACUGCUGAAAACCCUGCCAGUUGAUGCUGCUGGGAAGGUAUAUCAGGAUGGGUUGCUGAAGGGUAUGAAAUCUCUCUAUGGGGGAAAGGUUUGUACAAAUGAGCUGGACAACACUCUAAAAAAAUUGGGAAUUGAGCUCACAGAAGAGGAACUUGCAAAUCUCUCAGAAAACCUAGAAGUUGAUGCUAAUGGGAUGGUUGGUCUGAAAAAGGUGAUGGAUGAAGUCAAAGUUACUACAGGAGGGGAGGUUGAUGCCAAAGAUGUGAAAACUCUUCUGAAAAACAUGGGAAUAGAAUUCACAGAUAAGGAACGUUUGAAGCUGAUGAAAAGUCUGCCUUUCGAUGAUGAUAAAGUCUUCAAGAACAGGUUGCUAGAAGGUGUGAAGUCUCUUAAAGGUGGGAAAGUCAAUAUCAACAACCUGGACACCGUUCUGAACAACCUGGGGAUCAAGCUUGCAGAUACAGAACUUAAAGAUCUAGUUGAAAACAUGCAUGUUGGUGUUGAUGAGAAAAUUCCUCUAGAGACACUGAUGGAAAACAUCACAGACUUUACAGGUGAGAAGAUUGAGUCAAGUAAUCUAAAAAAUGUUCUGGGAAAUCUGGGAAUUGAGUUUACAGAUAAGGAACUAGAGGAGAUGCUGAAAAUACUGCCGAUCGAUGCCAAUGGAAAGUUAUAUCGUAAUAGGUUACUGAAGGCUAUGAAGUCUCCUAAAAGUGGGAAGAUGAAAACUAAUAACCUCCAUACUAAUUUGGAAAAUAUGGGAAUGAGGCUCACAGAGGAGGGAUUUGCUGAACUGUCAAGACAACUACAAGUUGAUGCAAAUGGGAAUGUUGAUAUGCCUAACUUGAUGGGAGCAGUGAAAGCUAUUACAGGGAAGGUUGACGUCAAGAACCUGGAAACCGUUAUAGGUAACAUGGGAAUCGAGCUCACUGACAAGGAACUGGAAGAUCUGAAACAAAACCUGCCCAUCAGUGGUGAUAAUAAAGUUGCUUUGGAAACUUUGAAGGAUAAAGCAAAAGCUUUUACAGGAGAAAAGAUUGAUGCCAGUGACCUACAAAAUAUUCUGAAAGGCAUGGGGAUUGAGCUUACAGAUUCGGAGCACAAACACUUACUGAAAACACUACCUAUUGAUGCUCAUGAAAAGGUGUUUCAGAACAGGUUGCUGAAGGGUGUGAGAUAUAAUAAAAGAGGGAAGGUUGAUGUAAAUAAUCUGGAUCCUGUUUUAGAAGCCAUGGAGGUCAAGCUUACAGAACAGGAACUCAAUCUGUUAAAGGAUCUUCUGAGUGGCUCCAAGAAAGUUGAUCUGAAAAACCUAAUGGAUAAAGUAGAAGCUGUUACAGGAGAGGAAUUUGAUGUCAAUGACAUAGGAACAAUUCUAAGAAACAUGGGAAUAGAACUCACAGAUGAAGAACUCUCACAACUGAUGAAAACUCUGCCAGUUGAUAAUGGAAAGGUCUACCAAAGAAGGUUGCUGGAUGGUAUAAAGUUUCUUAAAGGCGGGAAGAUUGAUUCCAGUAAAGUGGAUGCAGUUUUGGAAAACAUAGGAAUGGACCUUACCGAAAAGGAGCUUAAAGACAUAACACAAAAUCUGCCAGUUGAUGUAAAAGGUAAAGUUGAUCUGGAAAAGCUGAUGAAUGAAGUAAAAUCUUUCUGGGGAGGCAAAGUAGAUACUAGUAAACUUGGAAGUGUUUUGGAAAACUGGGGGAUUGAGCUCACACCUAAUGAACUUUCGAAUUUGGUGAAGACACUGCCACUUGAUGCUGAUGGAAAAGUGUAUCAAAAAAGGUUGAUGAAGGGCAUAAAGUCUCUCAAACAAGGUGAUGUUGAUGUCAACAAGCUGGACACUCUUUUAGAAAACAUGGGAAUCAGCAUCAAAGAAAAAGAGUUCAUGGAUCUGAUAGGAAGACUGCCAGAGGCUGAUAAAGGGAAGGUCAAACUAAAUACAUUGAUGGAAGAAUUGAGAACUGCUUUAGGUGAGCAGAUAGAUGUCAGUGAUGUAUAUGAUGUUCUGAAAGACAUGAAAGUGAAAGUCACAGACAAGGAAUACUUUAAUUUUGUAAAAACUCUACCACUUGACGCUGAAGGGAAGGUAUACCAAAAAAGGUUGCUGGAUGGUGUGAAGACUCUUAAAAGAGGAAAGGUUGAUAUGAAUAACCUGGACACAUUUCUGAAAAAUAUGGGGAUUGAGCUUUCACAUAAAGAACUUGAAGAUUUUUCACAAAACCUACCAGUUGAUGUUGAUGGGAAGGUUGAUCUGGAAAAUGUGACACUGAAAAUGAAAGAUUUUACAGGAGAAAAGGUUGAUGCCACUGAUCUAAAAAACAUUCUUGGAGACAUGGGGAUAGAAGUCAAUGAUAAGGAAUGUCUUGAUCUACAAAAAUCACUACCAGUUGAUGAUGAUAAGAAAGUUUUUCAGAACAGAUUGCUAUCAGCUUUGAAGUCCUUCAAAGGAGGGAAGAUUAACGUCAAUAACCUGAACACAGUUCUGGGGAACAUGGGGCUCAAGCUCAAAAAUAAGGAGCUUAAAAGUGUGCUACAAAAGCAAUCUAUGGAUGCUGAUGGAAAUGUAUCUCUGAAAAAAGUAAUGAGUGAUGUGACAGCAGUUAUAGAAGAUAUUGGGAUAGAAUUCACACCUCGAGAAUACCUGGAACUGGUAAAAAGUCUUCCAAUUGAUGAUUCUGGAAAUGUAUAUAAAAAUAGAUUGCUAGAUGAUGUGAAAUCUUUCGAUCGUAAGUACCAUGAUGAAAAGAAAGAUAAAUAA